AUGAAGCUAAUAUUGAUACUAGUAUGUGUUGACGUAAUAGUGUGUAAUGUGAAUGAAAGUAAUGGGAAAAAUGAGGGAAAUGUAAAAAAUGAAGAAACUCCAAUGCCUGAGAAAAGUGCACAGAGUCAAAAUGAAACCGUAAAGAAAAGGGCGAAAAACGAAGUAAAACGGAAGGAAGAUGAGCCGAUAGAAUUUAAAACGACAAAAAUAGUAACAGGACUAGAGUACCUGGGAUCGGGAUACGACAUCGUGAAGGCGAAUACGUUGGGAGACUCAGACUACGGAGAGGAUUUGGGGUACAGGGCACCGGUGAUAGAGUUCAUAUGGGCGCAGACGGACGUGGGAGUGACAAACAGCCUAGACUCACUGCAGCCUGUGGGAGGCUGGGUAAGGCCUAAAGUGUCAUGCGGAGAGUCUGAAGACGUGAUGGAAAUAGACUCAAUUAGUAAAAUGAAGGACGUGACGGAGGCAGACGUAGGGAUAACAGUGAAGGUGCCAAACGCAGGGACGGGCUCGCUGAGCACUCAGUACGAGAACCUGAAGGACGAAAAGGAGGGCGUGAGCAACAAGCUGUACACCAACGCAUACUACUGCUUUACGUACGCAGCCGGGAUUCCGCCAACACUUGACUGGAUUACAACCGAUGAAUUUACUGAAUCGGCCUCAGAAUUGCCUAAAACGAUAAAACACUAUGAAGAAUGUACAAUAGAAAAGUAUAAAAAGAGAAAGAAGGUCUGCUCAGAUUUGCUAAAGUGGAUGGAGUUCUUUUCAGAGUUUGGAACUCACGUGGUCACGCAAAUACACCUAGGAGGGAAGCUGACGAGGUACCUGAGCGUGCCCUCAAGUGUAGUGGACUCGCUGGCAAAAAACGGGUUCGAAGUGAACGCAGUGAUCGGAGCGGCAAUUUCUGGAGUUAAUGUAGACGUGUCGGUAGGAGUGUCGCAGCACUUUGAAGAGGAACUAAAGAACCUGAAGAAGUCGUCGAAGCUGAAGUUCAGUGUGAUGGGAGGAAUACACCCGGACAAGAACAUUUCGCCGGCCUCGAUAAGAAAGUGGAAAUCAACGGUUCCGAAGUACCCAAUGCCAAUAAGGAUGGAUCUGGUAAACAUAAGCACGUAUCUGCCAAGAGAAUACUAUAACGCGUUCAAGGAGGCUAUGAAUUUUUAUAUUGGAUUGAACGAGGCGCUGCCGUGGGACAUAGAAGAAAAGGAGGGGAGGAUAAUGACGCUGAAAUCAAUACUCGUCAACUCGACUCAAGUGAUAGCAUCGAAUGCGAACGAGGAGAUACCCCUGGCAAAGUGUCCUAAAGAUAAAAGGGUGCUAUUUGGGUUCAUUCUGAACAUAGAUAAGGAGCUGAAGACGGAGGUCUACCCAUGCCCGCAGAAUAAGUACGGCACACCAAAGUCACGAUUCUUUAGAGCGUUUUGCACAGUCGAUAAGUUGAGUGAGAAUUCUAACACGUUUAUUUACAUUCUCUGCGGCAACUCACUUGGUUUGGAAUUCAAGACCAAGUACGAAAACAACCAAAAUGAGUUAACUUGUGAUGAGGGAGAUCAAAUAAUAACUGGCUUCAACAUGAUGUUAAAUAUGACUAAAGUAACACCGUGUAAAACAGGAGCAAGUUCGUGUGAAACUGAUCACAAGGGAGCGAUGAUGAUAGUGUGCGCAGAUAAAAGAAUACCGGAAUUGAAGGCGGUUGAAACUGUGGCCAAUAUAGUCACAAAUGAUAAAAUAGAUAUCGGAGACACGAGAUACACUUUAAUAGGGCUUGUGGGAUGUAUUGCAGAAAAGUCAUCAGUAGUUUCAGCAUGUAGCUCAUUUGCAAACGGGUGUAAACUCAUAACAAAGGACACUUGCAACUUGUCGAUUGGUUGGGGAAUGUUUACAGCAUAG